AUGCCGCUCAUCAACAACCCGCUGCCUUCUUCCAUGAAGAGCGAGUGUAAAAAGACUGGCAAGAUUCUCGCCUCCUUCAUCGACCCCAGACAGUCCUUCGGCCCCGACAAGAUCAUUCCUCCUCAAAUCCUCGCAAAUGCCAAAGGUCUCGCCAUCAUGACCGUCUUCAAGGCCGGCUUCCUCGGUUCUGGUCGUUUCGGCUCCGGUGUCAUCGUAGCCCGUCUGGCAGACGGCUCCUGGUCCGCUCCCUCUGCAAUUGGUACCGUCGGUGGUGGCUUCGGUGGUCAAAUCGGUUUCGAACUUACCGAUUUCGUCUUCAUCCUCAAUGACGCUGCCGCCGUCCGCACCUUUGCUCAAGCUGGCAGUAUCACUCUGGGAGGCAAUGUCUCGAUUGCUGCUGGUCCUGUCGGUCGCAAUGCCGAAGCUGCGGGUGCUGCUUCGCUCAAAGGUGUCGCCGGUAUCUUUGCUUACAGCAAGACCAAGGGCUUGUUUGCUGGUAUCUCUCUCGAGGGUAGUGCUAUGAUCGAGAGAAGAGAUGCCAACGAGAAGAUGUACAACCGUCGCGUCACUGCCAGAGCCCUACUCGAAGGCGCCGUUCCCGUUCCACCCCAGGCCGAGCCUCUGAUGCGCGUCCUCAACAGCAGAAUCUUCGCCGGAAAUGCUGCAGCCCAGGGCGACGCCAUGUACAACGACAUUCCCGUCUACGAUGAAUCCCACGACGACGUCAUCUGGCAAGGCAGAAGAGGCACCGCUCACGGUGAAGGCGUCCGUACAGACCGCACAGGAUCAGGCAGCUUUGGUGGUCCUUCGCGUGCCAGUACUUGGCAAGAUGAUGUUUAUGACAGACAACCCAGCUACGGCCGCGCCAACCCUAGCGAAACCUUCGAUCGCCUAGAGGCUUCUCGUGCACGCAGCAACAGUGCGUUUGCUGAUCAAGGCGAUUACUCGUACUCCGAUCGCAAGCCUUCUAGACCUAGUGCUCCUAAGCCAAACUUCGGCGAUGUGAAGACUCCCCAGCCAGGUCAGGCCAUUGCAAAGUUCACAUUCGAUCCUGAUCAGCCUGGCGACUUGGGCUUCAAGAAGGGCGACAUUAUUACUAUUGUCAAGAAGUCUGAUAGCAGUAACGAUUGGUGGACAGGUAGAAUUGGCUCAAGAGAAGGCAUCUUCCCCAGCAACUACGUCGAACUCACCUAA